CCCUCUGUACUUCUUACUUUCCUCUCUUCUCCUCUUUUGACACCACCACCACCACCACGGGCCACUCCUACUACUCCCACUCCUCCUCACUCGAUAAGAUCACUUUUUAAACUCCUUUAAACGCCAUACUUACCCGUCUUCUUUCUCUUCCUCUUCCUCAUCUUUCAUGCGUCUUUCAACCUUAUUCUCUCUUUCAUCUAGAGAUAGAACUAUAUUCCCCCCCCCUCCUCUUUGUAUUCCACUCUUCUCGCUCAUAUAGACUUCCCGCUCUCGUGGAGGGCAUGGCGCAGACAGGAAGACCCCACAACGCACUGGCCGGGUUAAAGCUUGAGACGUCUUUCCAACAUUCCCCUCGACCCCGAUGGCGGGGUGAGGCUGAAGGCGGAGGAGGAGCGACGGAUGGCGACCGUACAAACAUCUUUCACGAUUAUCACCCACCCCGUGGCGGUACUGAUCAAGACAGCAGUGACUUGAGUGGCUUGCACUCGGCGACACCCCCCAUCUCCGUUCCUCGUCAUCAUGAUCUGCCCCAGCAGGAAGAGGUCAGCUAUCCUCACAAGCCAGAGGACGUGCAAGCAUCGCCGCUGGACAGCUUUCUGCAAGAGCGCCGCCCUUCUAUAAGCUUUGACCCUAUCGUGGCCCUGGACUCGGGUCGCUGCCUGCCUCUCGAAGAGCCUCUGGCCGCCGGUCGCCCGCAGAAAUUUCAGUCGCGCAGUUCUGGCUUGAGAAACACGCUACGUCAAGAAGACGGGCCCGACGAGAGCGACCGGCAGUCGGAACUCAGUUCCAGUCCUGAAAGGCAGCGACGCCAACGGCCCAUCCCCACCGGUUCUUCGCGCGGUAGCUUUCCAGAAGAAGAGGAAAGCGCGAUGGCCUCGGAGAUCGAACACCCAACCUCUCUCACAUCGCAAUCGACCGCGUCUCCAGUGACCGAUGAGGUCCGGACACCGCCGGAAGGAUCCAGAGUGCUCUCGUCGCCCAUUUACAUGGCAUCGCCCGUCCAGGCCUUCGCCUCGCUUGACGACCGCAGCUCGUGGUCGGGCAGUGCCGUGACCCCCUUCGGGAGCAAGGCAAGAGGCCUUCGUCUUUCCACCCGUCAGCGAUCGCGCAGAUCGACUGCUUCCAGUGGCAAGUCUCCUGCCAGCAUGUUCCUCUCGAUGUGGAGCACGGGCGGUGAGGAGCCUGCACCGCAGCCCGAUGACGAAGGCCAGAUGGUCGGGACUGAUUAUGUCCUGGGGAAGCAGAUCGGCUUUGGGGGGUUCAGCACCGUGAAGGAAGCGUACAAGGUCGAGGAGGAUGGCAAGACCAAGCACCUUGCGGUUAAAAUCGUCAAGAAACAGGUCUCGGGCAAGAGUGAGAAGGAGAACGAUGAGGUUCAAGCCGAGUUCGACCACGAAGUCCGAGUCUGGCGCUAUCUCAGUCACCCCAACGUCCUGACCCUGGACGCGGUUUACGAGACCGACUAUGCUACGUUCUGCUUUACGAAGCUCGCAAUCGGCGGCACUCUGUUUGACCUUGUGCGCCAAAACCGGGGCGGCUUGGACCUCAAACUGGCCAAGAAAUAUUCAUACCAGCUUGCCUGUGCAUUGCGAUAUCUGCAUGAAGAUGCUCGGGUUGUGCACCGCGAUAUCAAGCUGGAGAAUUGUCUGCUGGAUCCGACCGUCUCGCCGGAUGGAACCGCGAUUGCCACUCUGGUCCUUUGUGACUUUGGCAUGGCCGAGUGGAUGAACACGGACAACGACGGCUCCUCGCCUGAUCCUUACGAUAAUGUUGCGGAUCGUCCACCUCCGAAGAAUAUCGGGCCGGCUGGAUCCAGCACAAGCGUUGCGGGAAGCCUCGAGUAUGCUUCCCCAGAGCUGCUCCUCUCCACCAAUGGAGUGAUCCACCCCUCAGUUGAUCUCUGGGCGUUCGGAGUCAUCGUGUAUACUGUUAUUGUUGGCUCCCGGCCCUUCCAGGACCCGUUCGCACCCCGCAUCCAAAACAAUAUUCUUAAUGGGAACUGGAACCAGCAGGCCGUCCUUGGCGAUGAAGGGACGGAUGCUCAAACCCGACAGGAAAGGGAGGAGGCACUCGAGGUGAUUGAAGGAUGUUUGAAGAUGGAUCCCCAUAAACGUUGGACCAUCCGUGAUGUUCUAUGCUCGCGGUGGAUGCGGGAGUUCUCUCAGAACGCCGACGGCAGCCCCACUGAGUCUUUUUGGAAACUUUGAGGAAUUUUUUCCACUACCUGCCAGUCCCUUGGUCUAGGGCUGCAGAAAAGCCGUGUUGAUGGCGCUAUACUUAUGAUUAUUAGAUGACCACGGCUAGCGCUGCUAUGUGCUAGUUCUUCAUCCAUGAUACCC